AUGUAUAUAUUUGAUCACCCACAAGAAACACUCGAUCGAUGCUACAAAGAUCUUGAUUAUGUUUGUAAGAUAAUUAAACAAGAACAGGGAAAAUUUGAUAUGGUUUUAGUUAAUACAGGUAUUGUUAGUGGAACGCCGUUCCAUAAAAUAACAGAACAAUUUCUAAAUAAUGGAGAUUCAAUUAAAGCUGCUGUUCGAUUAUUUGUUGAUGCUGUUAGUCCAGAUUAUACUGACACAAAUCUAAUGAAUAAUAUAGGUAAUACAGCUGUUAUGAAUCGACUUGGUAGGCCAAUUAAAAUUGUGAAAGCUGUUGUAUUCUUAGAUUCAAAUGAUAGUUUAUAUAUCACUGCUAUUGAACUUUUUGUUGGUGGUAGUGCUGGACAAAUUUAA